CAUUUCAAAAGUCGUAGGGACCCGAUUUCUCCGAUAGAUAAAGGAGAUCGCGAUAACAGAAACCCCUACUCACCAGUAAGAGAGAAGAAAAUUGACGAGCGAGAAGCGGAGACUACAUCUUGUCAAUUCACAUUCAAUCGACACUAUGGAUGGGCAAGAUUCAGGAGAUACUAAGCAGAGCACUGCAGACAUGACACAAUUUGUUCAAACCCUUCUUCAGCAGAUGCAAAGCAGAUUUCAGACCAUGUCCGACUCAAUUGUUACAAAAAUUGAUGAGAUGGGAGAACGCAUAAAUGAGCUGGAACAGAGCAUCAACGACCUUAGAACAGAGAUGGGGGCAGAAGGAGGAGGCUCUCCCUCACCAUCACCAUUGUCUACAUCUAAGAAGCCUGAUGCCAAACCAGAAGAACCUUCUUCUGCUGAAUAAGUGAAUCAAGAAAGACACAACACAAUCUUAUGUUUUGAUCUUAAUAUCUGUAUUUGUUUGAUGAUAUUUUACUCAUUUUAUGCUCAAUGUUUGUCUCUA